AUGCUGCGGAGCUGGCUCUUGCGUUUCUCUCUGUUGAUCGCGCUGGCCACGAUAGAGGUUGGGGCUAAUUGUAAUACUGGUGAACUGGGCACGGAUUCGGUGUUCGUCAGGGCCGCACAGCUGCCGCAUGGUGACCAACCCAAGCUACACAAGAGGAUUGAACAUGUCGUGGCCGAGAAGGAGACCGAGCUGGAGAAGCUUUUGCUGGAAAGAACACCCGAGUCCCCCAGCAGUCCAAGAGAAAGAGCAUCGCCAGCUCUGGGGAUACCAGAGCCAACAGCACCCCCGCAAAGGCGACAGGAUGAUGGCCAAAUCCAGGGGCUUUCCUCACAACUCCAAUCACUCUCAUCAUCCGCCACCCAAGCUAUAUCUUCAGUCUCGUCGAGCGCCUCUUCGGCCAUCAGCCAGAUCUCUCAGUCCGCACAAUCCAUCCGCCAAUCUGCCGACCAAGCAGUACAAUCUGCAAAUCAAAAUGCCGACGAUGCCAAUCGCCAGCUGUCACAAACGCAGUCGUCAGCUUCGAGCGCUAUCUCGGCUGCCACCUCCCGUGCUAGCAGCCAGAUCAGUCAGUCGUUGUCGAGCAUGAGCAGCCGCAUUGCGUUGAACAUGGCAAGUGCGCAAAGCAGCGCAAGCAGUGCUGUCAGUGCGGCGCAAGUAGAAGCCAGCCAGUUCGCUGCUAGCCAGGUUCAGGAAGCCAGAGCGGACGCAAGCGGAGUGAGGGGCGAUGCCGACUCCCUUGUAUCACAGGUGCAGGCGAACUCUAUUUCGGGCACGAAUGUCGCCAUCAUAGUUUCCGCGGCGGUUGUCGGAACCGCCAUCCUCUCUACAGUACUUUCUUGUCUUAUCGUCAGGUGUAGACACAAGAAGAGACGUGCUCGCGAGGCGGAGGCGGCUGCUGUGGGUUUGAACGAGAAGCCCCCAGAGAAGCCUAUUGCCGUUCGUGGAACACCAAACAGUCCGCGGUUUACGCCCUUUGGAGGGGGCACAGGCUAUCCGAUGGACAAGUUCAAGCUUCCUGUCCUGACCCCCAUAAAGAGGAAGAAGGUCAACGAAGACAGCCGAGCCAACGUUGGAUUCGCUGUUAGUGAUUAUAGUAACGAAGGUGGUGACACCAAGGCCCAGAGUUUUGGCGGAAAGGGGGAUGGCAAUGCUGAUGUCUAUGGGGUUUCGCCAUCGAGUUUUCGUCUCCAGAAGCCCACCGGUACCGUCAAGAGUGCUACCAGCGUGCGACUCAUCAGAGUCGGCAGCGACAAAGACAAAUCCAAGGCCGAGACAAAUCAUCCUCCGCGGACUCCCCCCAGCCCAAUGUCGCCGCCGCCACCUGCACCACCACAGGUUGCAGCAGCAGUAGCGGCCGCGUACCCAGAGCCACUUAGUCCGCCUCCGACUCAACCCCUCCCACCAACUCCUUCUGCAAUCACGCAACCUCCCAAAGCACAACAGUCACCGCCUAAGCCGCGGUAUCCGCGAGAGAGCACACACUCAACAACGCGGGAUUCCGAGGCUGACAUGCCCGGCUGGCGACCGCCCACCAUGACCAGCCAGCGACGACUCAAGUUUCGCGACAGCAGCGAUAUCGAGUCGGCGGAGCCCACCCCAACAACCAACGGCUGGCGGUCGUCCUCCAUCCGCAAUACAAUGACCUCGAUGCGCAACACCAACACGGCCAGUCUACGCACAUCGCCGCCAGACAGCAGUAGCCGAUCGCCGCCAAGGGUAAGACCCCAGACGACCGCCGCGGCCAGCUUCACCACGUUCCCCAAGGUGCGCGCCGGCCCUGCCAGGGGCUCCGCCGCGGCCAGCGUCGCCGACAGCAUCAUCAGCCGUGGACGGCCUGGCCUUGGACCUGGCUUGCAGGCCAGGCUGCGGGGGGAGGCCGACCGCAGGCGGACAGAGCUGGCUGGGUUUGCUGGCGGUGGGCGGCCACAGGGCGGUAACCGCGAGAACGAUAGGUUGCGCUCGAGUCGCGAGUUCUUUAGCGGGGAUGCUCUUCGGACUGCGGCCUGGCCUUUUGAGGGGAGGUAG